AUGAUGAAACUCGUCUUUACAGUUUGUUUGUUAACGGUUAUUUAUCAAUCUUCUCAUUUAGCCAAAUCAUCAAAAUCAGAAGGAAAGUCAAUAAAAUUCUCAUAUUUACAAAUCCUUAGAGAAAAACGAUUAGUAAAUGAAAAAAGAAUUGCUCGAUAUAAUGAUAUAGUUGGUGUAAGUUCAUCAAAUGUAAUUGGUUAUUCAAAUGGUAAUGAUAGUUUUAUUUCAAAUGAAGAUAAUUAUCUUUAUGGAAUAUAUAUGGGAAUAAAAUGGCAAUGUGUUGAAUAUGCACGUCGAUGGACUUUUUUACGUAAAAGUUCAAUAUUUGAAAGUGUUAAUGGUGCUAAUGAUAUGUGGAAUCAAUUAAAAUAUAUUGAAAAUGUUGUUGAGAAAAAAAAAUAUCCUCUCAAAAAACAUUCGAAUGGUCAUCGAAAUCGACCAAUAAAUGAAUCAUAUUUAAUUUAUCCAAUACAAAAAGAUAUGCCUUAUGGACAUGUUGCUAUUAUAGUUGAUGUUUUAACAAAUUCAAUAAGAGUUGCUGAACAAAAUUUUUAUUUUCAUUAUUGGAAAGGAAAUUAUUCUCGAGAAAUUCCAAUUUUAUUUAAAAAUGGUCUUUAUUAUAUUGAAGAUAAAUAUCAAGUUUAUGGAUGGAUAGAAAUUAAUGAUAAUAAACAAUUAAAACCAUUAGAUAAAUUAACCAUAGAAACAAUUGAAAAGAAAAAUAAAUUUUUUUUAAAUUCAGCUUCUUAUUAUCAAAAAUCUAAUUUCAUCUUUUUUACUCUCUUUAUAUAUAAUUUAAUGCUUUUUCAAUAUUUACAUCUAUGA